AUGACGAUGUGUACAUCCUACGCCUCGAUGAUGACGCGCACGACGAACGAAGCGCGCUGCUGCCUCCUCUCCGCCUCCUCCUUUAGGAACGCGACUAAAACAACGAGCAGCUCUUCUUCGUCCUCUUCUUCUUCUUUUACGAGAGGAGGAAGAGGAGGAAAAAAAACGAGCGUCUUUUGUAUCGGCAACGACAACAACGACACCACCAUCAUCACCAUCAGCGCAUCGUCGUCGAAAGCAUCAUCAUCAUCGGCGAAAGGAGGAAAGAAGCGCAUCACCAAAAUCAGGAACCAGCACCGCGGUGAUGACGACGAUCGCGCGUUCUCGGAAGAGAGCGAGAAAAACAACGCGAAAAUGAAAGGGGGAGCUUUAUUCUCCACCGCCGUAUCUGUCGUCGUCGUCCUCUCCACGAGUCAAUCGGUUUUUAACGUCCAACCUGCGUAUGCCACCUUUUCGAAAUCGCAAUUCGAGAUUCUGUGCCCAGUCGGCGACGAAGGCACGGAGUGUCGCAUGAAAGCGUUGGCGGAAGAUAAAGGGGCGUAUUUGAACGACGCGGAAUACAACACGAAAUCGGAUAAGAAAAAAUCGAUGAAAACAUCCGCGGCGGCGACGGCGGGGAGAAACACGGAUUUAACCGCGUAUCAAGCGGAUACGCUGGCGUUGGCGGACGCCAUGGACGAGUUGUUCGCGAUGGAUUUAUACUCGACGGCGAGAGAACCUGCGAUUAAGCAGUUGCAAAAGAAAGCGAACGACUGGACCGGGAGAUAUUGCCCCGGUGGCUCCAGUAAGCAAGCGUCCGGAAGAAGCAUGUACAACGCGGUGAAUCAGUUGUUGGGCCACUUUGCGAAUAACGGAUUGGCGCCGUUGCCGAGCGCGAGGGUGGAAAUUGUGAAUAAGAACAUCGCGACCGCGAGAGACUUGAUCGCGCAAGGCAGAUAA